AUGGCCACCUAUAGACAUAUCAAAGCCGAGCAUGAAGCAGGCCAUCGGACCAAAGGCGCAUUGGAGAACGCCAUUGACGGGAUGAGGAAGAAGAAGAUGGAUGCGAAGGAUUACAGUGACAGACUCCGAGAAGGCGAAAGGAAAGAGAAGGAGAAGAUGAAGACGGAUGCGAAGGAUCAUAGUCACAGAAUAAGGGAAGGCGCAAGGAGAGAGAGGGAGAAGAUACGAAAGAGUGAACCAGAGCGUGUCAGAUGGGCCGAACGGAAACCUGAAAAGACGCAGGGCGAUGAAUCGAAACAAAUGGCUGCUGAGAAGGAAGCACGGGAACGCCAUCGUCGCGAACAAGACCAGCGUCGUCGUGAACACGAGAAACGGCGACAAGAGGAAGACAAGAAGAAGAACCGUAGCUCGCCGAUUCCUGAGAUUCGUGUUCAGCCUCCUACGGCUAGUGGGACUCCCCGCCGUGAACAAGACGAGCUUCGUGAGAGACAAAGGCAAGAUGAGAAGCGAAAGCAAAUUGAGGAACAAAGGCAGGAGGAGAAGCACUGGCAGGAUGAGAAGCGCAAGCAGGAUGAGAAGCGAAGGCAAGCCGAGAAGCGAAGGCAAGCCGAGAAGCGAAGGCAAGAGGAAGACAGGAAGAAGAACCGUAGCUCGCCGGUUCCCACGGUUCUCAAAUCCGGUGGCUCGCAAUUCUCAGGCCCCUACUGCUCUGAAGUCUCCUCCUCCACCGGCUCCAAGACGGCCGAGCAGACCUAUCCGUUCCAAUACUCCUCCUAA